AUGGUUGAUUUAGAAUUAAAGAAAUCUCUUCCACUUGAUAAAUCAUACCAAAGAGUAAUCGAAGAUUUAAAUCGAUGGCAUACCAAUACAGUAGCACAACUUAAUGAAAUGCAUGAUAAUAUUCUUCUUGAUAUGAAAAGAACACUUGACGAUGUUCAUCAUUUUGCUUCAUUUACGAAUGAACUUUUAAUUGAACAAGAAAAUCAACUUAAAAAAGCAAAAUCCAAUGAAGAAAUCGAUAUUAUACAAGAACGAAUUAAUCAAAUUAUAUCUGAAGUUCAAUUUUUACAAUUAUUAUCAUUUCGUUUAAAUUAUGAUUCAGUUAAAUUCAAUGGUAAACUUUCAAUAAAUUAUAAUAAUAAUGAAAUAAAAUCAAAUACUUCAUUGAUGCCAACAUUUCCUUGUUUUUCUACUACAUCUCAAAAAAUAUCUGACUCAUUUAAACUUUCAACAAAUAAUAAACAAUCAACUUUAUUACAUACAAAAUAUCGUUUUCUUAUUUCACGAAUUGAUGGUAUUGAAUUAAAAAAAAAAUUGCUUCCCGUUUUUCAUUUAACUUUUUAUAGUAAUGAAUUAAUUAAUGAAUGUGUUUUAACAUUUAAUGUAUCUAAUCUUGAUUCAUCUCUUAAGACAUUUACAUUAUAUUGGAAUUUAUUUCCAAAUCAUUAUGAAAUACGUAUGCUUAUAACACAAGAUAAUGCAUCAUUUCUAAUGGAUAAAUUAAAUGAAAUAUCUUGUUCACUUUUAAAACGUUUUCAAUUAAAUCAAAUAAAAAUUUUUUCUAAUUCAUGUCCAAAAUCUGAUGAAAGAAUUUUAUUAAUUAAUGGAAAACAACGUGAUCUUAUAAAAGAUUGUGUCGAAGAAAUUUAUUUUAAUAUUGAAGAAAAUAAUAAAAAACAAUAUAUAAAACAAAAUAUAAAGUUAUAUAAUCCAGCGAACUUAUCAAAUGAUGAUAUUAAUGAAAUAAUCUUAUCAAACUUGGACUAUGGAGGUUUUAUAACAAAGCAAAAUACACUAACGUCUGUACAUCAUUCACAAAUGCAUGUAACUGAAGAUGAAGAAAGUGAUGAUGAUGAUGAUGAUGAUGAUGACAAUGAUGAUGAUGAUUUAUGGGAUGAAAAUGAUGAAUGGUGGAAUUUUCGAAAUACUCGAGAUAAUAAUACAGACAUUAUUCAACGUGAAAUGAUUAUUAGUAAUAAAUAUGCUGGUGUUGUUAUAGGUGUUAAUGCAUCAUGUAUUGAACGAAUAAAACAGAAAACUGGAGCAUUUGUUUAUAUUAAUGGUGAAACCAAUGAUCUUAAACGAACAGUAAUUAUGAAAGGUACUCGUGAACAAGUUGAUCGAGCAUAUGCAUGUAUCGAAAAUCUUAUUGAAAGAUAUAUAAAUGAUAAAUCAUCCAUGAAACAACAACAUUUACAUGGAAAACAUAAAGAAAAAUAA